AUGUGCCUAAACUGUACAGAAACAACCAAAGACUCUGCUAGCAAGGCGAGUCCAAAUUCACUUUUCUAUUGCACAGAAAGAGAAAAUUUCAAAUGGAUCUUCAACGAAGAUGGGAACGAUUACAGCUGGAAUAUUCUUGUCAUCAUCCGAUCUGUUGCAUCUCCUUGUAUCGUACUUUUAAACACUCUCGCUAUCAUUACCAUGCAGAACACGAACAUUUUAAGAAAGAAGUGGACCAUUUUACUAUCCAGCAUGGCCGUAACAGAUCUUCUCAUUGGGGUCUUAGAUAUCCCUGCGACAGUAACCGUUGAUGUAUUGAUUGUUUACCGAGUCUCGUUUCCGUAUAUUUGCCGCUUAGACUGGGCCAGUUUUUGCCUCAGUAAUAUCCUUUUAGCAUGUUCAGUAUAUCAUUUGACAGCUAUUGCCCUGGAGAGGUACGUGGCGAUUCGAAGGUGGAUUGACUACCAAGUUAUUGCCAGAAGAAGCUGUCUCAGAAAGUUGGCUUUAGCCACUUGGUUGUGGACGAUUUUUACAGCAUGUCCAGCUUUUAUCAUGCAGGAUUUGAGAGUUUCCAGGAAUGCUGUGAAAGCUUGGAUGUUGAGUGAACUUGUCGUGAUAACUGGUUGUCUAAUCCUUAUUUUGUAUUUCUAUUUGGUGGUGUUUCUGGAAGUGCGAAAAAGCAAGAUAGCUGACAUCCGUCGGUUCAAUGUAUUAAUAACAAAAAAAGCAGAAUACAAAAUUGCUACAACGACUGCCUUAUUAAGCUUUGUUGCCUUCUUUUCUUUUCUGCCAGCCGGAACUGCAUUUAUAUUCGUAGAUAUUUUUCCCGUAAUUCAAACAAACCAGUAUUUUAUUUUCCGUUCAACACAAAGUCUAGCACAGUUAAACUCUCUGCUGAAUCCAAUCCUCUACUGUUUCAGAAAUCCUCAGUUCUGGAAAGUUCUGAAAGAAAUGGUAGGAAUAAAAGGUAACACAGACUUUCAGCCAUGGCUAAAAAGAACACGACACAACCAAGAAAAGAUUACAAACUAUUCACUGAAAGACAAACGAAGGGUGGAGAAGCAUAAGAACUUGAGCAAAUCAAAAUCCUUCAGCGAAGGCUUCCUUUCAGAUCCGAAUAGAAAAAUGGAAAUGUUACCGAGGAGGUCAUUGUCCUGCCCCAUUCCUCGCAGUGAGGCCAGAGCAACAUUUAUCGACGGUCAGAAACAACAGGCACGUUGA